AAGAAACACGCCCACAAAUUCCGGUUAAUUUAGCUCUCGGCGGGAAAUGAGAACUUUCCCAGCUGUGGACCAACGUGUGAAGCUGUCUGUGAGUGAUGUCCAAACUGGAGAAAACAGAGAAGACGCGUCCUCCGCCCGUCAAGGUGUUGUCGGCCCAGCUGAGGGCGGCGGGCGGCGGCCGGAGCAGCGCGGACGGCGGGGACGGCUGCGUCCUGAGGCUGGGUAAGGGUCGCUCCCUGCCGGUGUCUCUGGUGUGGAUGCAGGGGACUGUCCUGGAAGCCCAGCUGGACAGAAACGCCGUGCUGCUGAUGGAUGAGACGGGGACUUUUACUGUUCAGGGCGUUAACAGCAUCCCCAAGGGGAAGCCGUGUUUGUCUCCAGGCAAAUAUGUCAUGGUGAUGGGUGUCAUCCACGCCGUCUCCCCGGAGCCAGUGAUCCGUGCAGUGAAGAUGGCAGACCUCUCCGAGCUCGCCGCGCUCCACAGACGGAUGUGGAAGCCCGAGGUGGAGGACCUGCAGCAGGUGCUGGCCUGAAUUUCCGAGAUGCGGAUGGAAAUGCGGCUCCUGUCACAGCUGGGUGUUCAGUAAUGAAGUGAUUCUUGACAAAUGCAAAAAGUGCCCAAAAGGACAGACGACCAGGUUUUACCGGAUGCCACGCUCCUGUCUCAGAGGUAGGACGCAGGAGCGACAAAGACUUCACGCUUACGGUAUUUACCCUGCAAAGUGUGACGCUUAAUCAAUGACACAAGUUACCUCCCACUUGACUCCAACACUGUUCAGGUCAGUCUUGUAGGGAAGUGGAGCUGUAGGCCAGAAUGUUGGAUUUAUAGCUCUUUGUAGCACCAUGUCAGGACAAUUAAACACAUGGUUCAAACAAAGUUAUCCACCUUAAGGCAAAGGUCCUGCCACCUGCUGUUUAAUUAUUACCUCUAUAACUGUUCUGCCAUUGCUUGGGGCGGGGGAAAAAAACUACAAAUGAAGACUUCCUGUCAUUAACUUAGUUUUAAAAACCAUCUUGUCAGGUUAUACCCCGAGCAUCACCUCUACAAUAAUAAAUGGUGUUCCUUUAGAGUGGAUAUAAUAUGCCAGAUGGUUCAACAAAUAAUUAAAGUUUAUGAUUUUCCAGUUUAAAUAUUUAUACAUACGGACACAUUGAGACAGAAAUAAAAAUACAAAAUAUGAAUAUGCUUCUGGAUCUAUGCACAAAAUAGCAGAUACUUCCAGAAUCACAUCGCCUGGAGUUCUGUGCUUUAGCGUUUUCUGGUACUUCUGUGCACUCACAUUUCUGUAAUAUUAUUUUAUACCAAUGAGACAGCUGUUAGUUUACAAAUUCAAUUUCCCACACUUAACAUACAGACUUACAUAAUAUCAAGCAUGGUCAUAGACCGAAAGACAAAAAUAAUGGCUUAAAUUCCAACAGAAAUACAUUCCUGCAGUUCUUCCAUAAGGAUCAGAGUGCUUAUUCCCCACUGUUUAUGGGUGUGUGUCUAAUAAAACAGCAGUUUCAGUACAGAUUUUUAAAAAAAGAAGCUUUAUUUGGUGUGUGCCCAUUACACUGGUAACACUAUUAGAUAAAUGGAAAGUGAAAAUGACCUAUUCUGACUGAUUUAAAA